GCCAAGGGUAUGAUGGCUCGGUGCGCUGCCCCGCUCGACCCUGAAUUGGCUACUGACACCACUCCCUUGUGGUACAGCCCUCGAUGCCUUCGGCGUCGACUACAUCGAGUUGACCUCGCCUGCUGCCUCUGAGCAGUCGCGCAAAGAUUGCGAGGCCAUCUGCAAGCUCGGGCUGAAGGCCAAGAUUCUGACACACGUCCGCUGCGACAUGCGCGAUGCCAAGCUCGCCGUCGAGACUGGUGUUGACGGCCUCGACGUCGUCAUUGGCACAUCCAGCUUCCUGCGGGAACACAGCCAUGGCAAGGACAUGGCCUACAUCGAGAAGACGGCGAUCGAGGUGAUCGAGUACAUCAAGUCGAAGGGCCUUGAAGUGCGCUUCUCCAGCGAAGACUCCUUCCGGUCUGACCUGGUCGACCUCCUGUCUCUGUACAGGGCAGUCGACAAGGUCGGCGUUAACCGUGUCGGUAUUGCCGAUACCGUUGGCUGCGCCUCCCCCAGACAGGUCUACGACCUCGUCCGGACGCUCCGUGGUGUUGUUUCCUGCGAUAUUGAGACACACUUCCACAACGACACUGGCUGCAGUAUCGCAAAUGCUUAUUGCGCACUGGAAGCCGGUGCCACUCACAUCGACACCAGCGUGCUUGGCAUUGGCGAGCGCAACGGUAUCACUCCUCUCGGCGGCCUCUUGGCCCGUAUGGUCGUGACCAGCCCCGAGUAUGUCAAGAGCAAGUACAAGCUGCACAUGCUUAAGGAGAUUGAGGAUAUGGUCGCCGAGGCGGUUGAGGUGAACACGCCUUUCAACAACCCUAUCACGGGCUUCUGCGCAUUCACCCACAAGGCCGGCAUCCACGCUAAGGCCAUUCUCAACAACCCCAGCACAUACGAGAUUCUCAACCCGGCCGACUUUGGCUUGACCCGCUAUGUCCACUUCGCGUCGCGCCUGACGGGCUGGAAUGCUGUCAAGACAAGAGUUGGGCAGCUUGGUCUGACCAUGACUGAUGAUCAAGUCAAGGAGGUUACGGCCAAAAUCAAGGCGCUGGCGGACGUACGGCCCAUCGCCAUCGACGACGCCGAUUCCAUUAUUCGCAGUUUCCACCUGACUCUGCACGAGCAGCCAGGCAAGGCUGCACCAGUUGAGGUUCAAAACGGCGAGCAGGUUGAGGUGGCUAACGGGCAAUAACUCAUGCAUUUCUCAGGGGGGCUGAAGUCUGUAUGAAGGGGAUUUUCUUUGAACUUAACUUGACCAUAUGAUUCCGGAGUUUGUGGGGAAAAGGCGAGGAAUGGGUUGAAAAUUUGCGCAUUUGUUUGCUCCAGAUUCGGGACAGCAAAAGUUCUGCAUGGUAGUGUAGCUGCCAGAGGCAGAGUAGGGGUUAUAACAAGUGUAUGUCUCAUCAUGCCAUGUCGCCCAGCCAAGGUGCCCGUGUUCGAGUGUGAAGGGAGUCAAGGGGAAAAGGGCCUCGCACGCUCGGGGUCUGAGUUUCAAGAAUGUUGUUGACCGCCUUUGCCCU